GUUCUGGAGAGCGGACGCAUAGACUUUAGCGGGCAGCAGCUGGCGACCAAGCUGUCGAAUGCGCUGCUGGUGAGCUCUGGGGUGGUGGCGUUCAUCAUUGGGUUUGUGAUGCAGCGGCUGAGCUACAGCUUCGCUGCGUAUGCGUUUGGCGUGCUGGUGACGUACUUUGUUGCGCUGUUCCCGUGGCCGUACUUUAAGCGCAACCCGGUGGUGUGGCUG